AUGGCUAUGCUAGCUGCUCCAGAGAAUAUGGCCACAGGUCAUAUGUAUGUGAAGAGUGAUGUCUAUGGUUCUGGCGUGAUGUUGGUGGAGAUGCUAACAGGCUUGCGGGCACUAGACAUAAAUCGUCCUAGUGCACAACAUAAUCUAGUUGACUGGAUCAAACCAUAUUUAUCAGAUAAACGUAAACUGAAGAAUAUAAUGGACGCGAGGUUGGAAGGGAAGUAUCCUUCUAGAGGGGAAGUGCUAAUUGCUCAGCUAGCUCUGACCUGCCUUGCAACUGAACAAAAAAACAGGCCAGGAACGAAACAAGUAGUGGAGAUGCUGGAACGCGUUGAAGCUGUUAACGAAAAACCAAGGCCACCUAGAGUUCAUUCUUCACACCAUACAAUUUCAAGAAAUGGACAAAAUUCUGCUACUUACAGGUCUCCUCAUCACACAAGACAAGACAGAAAUCGAGGCUCUCAGCUUCCAUCUGGGUAG